UAAAUUGUAAUCGAUAAAAGAGAGAGAGAUAGAGAGAGAGAUCUGUGUUUUGUAUAGUACGCGUGAGGUUCUCUUCUCUGCUGCAAACAAAUCCUGAGUUGUCAGAUCUCGCCGGGAACAAUUUAGUAAUGGCGUUUUAGUCUAUUACCUCUGAGGCCUUCACGUGAACGCUGGAUUUUUUCUCCUUCUUCUCCAAUCUCACUUGAUCUCUUUAUUGGAUUCCGAGGAUGGCGCUGAAGCGAGGGUUAUCUGGAGUUAACCGGAUUAGAGGAAGUAGUGGUGGAUCUCGAUCUGCCCUUGUGCUCCUCAUCUUUUUCUGUGUUUUCUCACCUCUUGUCUUCUUUGUUGGCCGAGGAGUAUACAUCGAUUCCUCUAAUGAUUAUUCAAGUGCUUCUGUGAAGCAGAACCUUGACUGGAGAGAACGUUUAGCAAUGCAAUCUGUUAGAUCUCUCUUCUCGAAAGAGGUACUAGAUGUUAUCUCAACUAGCACAGCUGAUUUGGGCCCUCUUAGCCUUGAUUCUUUCAAGAAAAAAAAUUUGCCUGCAUCAUGGCGAGGAGCCGGAGUAGACACUUCCCUUGGUUAUUCUGAGAAUCAAACAACUCCAGAUGUCAAAUCUAAUAUCCUGAAUGAAAAACGUGACAGCACUUCGAAAGAUGGUGGCCAUCAGAAAGUUGAGACACCUGCAAAGCUUCACAGAAGGCAACUAAGAGAGAAAAGGCGUGAGAUGCGAGCAAAUGAGUUAGUUCAGCACAAUGAUGACACAAUUUUGAAACUCGAAAAUGCAGCCAUUGAGCGCUCUAAGUCAGUUGAUUCUGCCGUCCUUGGAAAAUACAGUAUUUGGAGAAGAGAAAAUGAGAACGACAACUCUGAUUCAAAUAUACGUUUGAUGCGGGAUCAAGUAAUAAUGGCUAGAGUCUAUAGUGGUAUUGCAAAAUUGAAAAACAAGAAUGAUUUGUUACAAGAACUCCAAGCCCGACUUAAGGACAGCCAACGGGUUUUGGGGGAAUCUACAUCUGAUGCUGAUCUUCCUCGGAGUGCACAUGAAAAACUGCGAGCCAUGGGUCAAGUCUUGGCUAAAGCUAAGAUGCAGUUAUAUGACUGCAAGUUGGUUACUGGAAAGCUGAGAGCAAUGCUUCAGACUGCUGACGAACAAGUCAGGAGCUUAAAGAAGCAGAGUACUUUUCUGGCUCAGUUGGCAGCGAAAACAAUUCCAAAUCCUAUCCAUUGCCUAUCGAUGCGCUUGACUAUCGAUUACUAUCUUCUGUCUCCGGAGAAAAGAAAAUUCCCUCGGAGUGAAAACCUAGAAAACCCUAAUCUUUAUCAUUAUGCACUCUUUUCUGACAAUGUAUUAGCUGCAUCAGUGGUUGUUAACUCCACCAUCAUGAAUGCCAAGGAUCCUUCUAAGCAUGUCUUUCACCUUGUCACGGAUAAACUUAAUUUCGGAGCAAUGAACAUGUGGUUCCUCCUAAACCCACCUGGAAAGGCAACCAUACAUGUGGAAAAUGUUGAUGAGUUUAAGUGGCUUAAUUCAUCUUACUGCCCUGUCCUUCGUCAGCUUGAAUCUGCAGCAAUGAGAGAAUACUAUUUUAAAGCAGACCAUCCAACUUCAGGCUCUUCAAAUCUCAAAUACAGAAAUCCAAAGUAUCUAUCCAUGUUGAAUCACUUGAGAUUCUACCUCCCCGAGGUUUAUCCCAAGCUGAACAAAAUCCUCUUCCUGGAUGACGACAUCAUUGUUCAGAAAGAUUUGACUCCACUCUGGGAAGUUAACCUGAACGGCAAAGUCAAUGGUGCAGUCGAAACCUGUGGGGAAAGUUUCCACAGAUUCGACAAGUAUCUCAACUUUUCGAAUCCCCACAUUGCGAGGAACUUCAAUCCAAAUGCUUGUGGAUGGGCUUAUGGAAUGAAUAUGUUCGACCUUAAGGAAUGGAAGAAGCGAGAUAUCACUGGUAUCUACCAUAAGUGGCAAAACAUGAAUGAGAAUAGGACAUUGUGGAAGCUAGGGACAUUACCACCAGGAUUAAUAACAUUCUACGGAUUAACUCAUCCAUUAAACAAGGGAUGGCACGUGCUGGGACUUGGAUAUAACCCGAGUAUCGACAAGAAAGACAUUGAGAAUGCAGCAGUGGUUCACUAUAACGGGAACAUGAAACCAUGGCUGGAGUUAGCAAUGUCCAAGUACCGACCGUAUUGGACAAAAUACAUAAAGUUUGAUCACCCUUACCUUCGUCGAUGCAACCUUCAUGAAUAAGAAAAUCAAAUCUUUGUUAGAUGAUUUGAGGUAAUUACUUCUCUAAUGUUCUGUUGUUGCCAUCUCAUUCCUCUUUGAUCCACACAUUGUUAAUUGUUUAUUCAUAUCUUUGUUUAGUCAUUCUUUUCUUCUUCUUCUUCUUCCUCCUUCGGGUUAUAAACAAACACUUGUGUUAUUUUUGAGUUUCCCUUUUUCUAAUGAUAAUAUGUUUAAUGGAAGAUUCGGUUGAA